CAACAACAAACUCUAGCUUAAUUCCAAGCUGAACACUGCGACCCUUCACAUACUAGCAUUUGCGGCAUCUUUCACAGAUCUAUUCACCAUGGCUCAACCCAGGCCUCUGAACGUGCACCUCCAGUCCCUCAUCUCAGGGUACCCAAACCGGACAGCACUGAUCCAAGAAGUCAUUCCAGCGCUGCUCCGCACAUUACCAGACAUUGCACAAGCGCUCCAAAAAACCUCGGUUUCUCGAGCUGGAAGUGCAAACUCCUUUGGUGAUGACCAGCUGAACGUCGACGUCCUGGCGGAAAACCUCAUCCGCGAAGCGAUUUCCAAGGUCCCAUCGAUAGCUACUGCGAGUAGUGAAGAAGACCCAGUCGAGAAGCGAGCCUACCUUGGAGACGUCAAAUCUGACGAGCAGUACACCGUAGCUUUUGAUCCUCUGGACGGCAGCAGUAUCAUCGGCCCGAACUGGACCGUCGGCACCAUAAUCGGGAUCUGGGACGGUGCGUCCGCGCUGUCCUCCACCUCAACACCUCGCGAGAAGCAAAUCGCCUCCAUCCUCGGCGUUCUCGGACCGCGAACAACGGCCGUCAUUGCACUGCGUAUGCCAGGAACCGAGGGGACCUGCUUCGAAGUCAACUUCACGGGGGGAAAUAUCGAAGUCAUCCGACCAAACGUCAAACUCUCCUCCACCCCGAAAACCCGCUACUUCGCACCUGCGAACUUGCGCUCAGCGGCUGAGAACCCGAAGUAUCUGGAGUUGAUCAACCACUACAUUGCGCAGAAAUACACGCUCCGCUACUCUGGCGGCUUGGUACCGGACAUCUUCCACGCCCUCGUCAAGGGACACGGGAUAUACACGUCCCCGGUCACGGAGAAGAGUCCGGCGAAGUUACGCAGGCUGUACGAGCUCGCGCCGAUUGCGCUGCUGGUUGAGUGUGUGGGGGGUGUAGCGCUGGAUUCUACGGAUGGGACGCGUGUACUAGAUAGGGCCGUGAGGGAUACGGAUGAGAGGGGAGGGUUGGUAUGCGGGAAUGCGUCGGAUGUGGAGUUUGUUCGGGAGAGGUUGCUGGGGCAGUAAAUUGGAGAUGACAAUGGGGGAGAAGGGAAGGCGGAGCGAAUACCGCGAAAUCGUACGAAUAUGGAUCACAUAAGGCACAUGGAGGUAGAUUCGCGCACUGGUGUAGUGAGUUCCCG